UGGAAAGUUCAUCCCAAACACCACAAACAAAUGACAAGAUUAAAGAGUGAGUUUUAUCUAGGCAAAGAAUUGCUCAGAUAAUAUUAUAUCUCAGUCUGGCUGCUUUCCCAAUACAUAAUUUGCUACAUCUCUGAGAGGGCCAUAGAUCUUGAAGGAAAGCUUGGGAUGAAGCCUCUUUGCACAUCUCCAAAAUACACACAGCAUUGAGAAGAGAAUUCAUGAAGAAAGUAAAGAGUCAGAUAGUGCUGUAAGAAACACUCUUUAUUUCAACAUUUAUUCCCAAGAACUUGAGAAGAAGAAAUUAGGCGAAGAGUGAAACACAGAUAGUCAUGACUUGGUUAUAGCAUUUAUUUAGAUUAUAAACAAGACAUGAACUUUGCUUAUCAAGCGCCUUUUAAAUUCUUCAAAGUUGAAGAUUUAUUCAUACAAACAAUUCAGAGAGGAAGUAGAUUUACAAAUAAUUUUAUUUCUUCUAUUCUCCCAGAGAAAAUUAAUAAUUUUGGGCUGAGUAUCCAGACUUUUGCUGGACUAAAUGACUCUCUUUAUUUCAAAGAAAUUAUUAGAAUUAGCCACAAGAUUUUGAAAUCAGUAGUCAUCUUCGGCUUUAAAAUCACCCCAGCAAAGUUAAGAAGAUUCUUCAGUUCUUUCAGUCAUGUAGAAGAUAUAAGACUCAGUUACUGUGAAUUGCUAAUUGCAGAUGCCCCUGACUUCUCAGAAUUACUAGUGAAUACUCAGAUUCAGAAGUUAACUCUGAUAAGAGUAGACUUUUAUGACCUCAGUGGAUCAGAGGAUAAUCCAGAAGGCUUUGCUACUUUAAUCAAAGGGCUCGCUUCCUCUUCACACUUCAAAUUGAAUCUGCAAGAGCUGAGAAUCCAUUUAGACGACUUCACCCAAGAUGAAAUAAUAAUGAUUAUUGGCGAAAAUGGGUUUGAUAAAGCUAUACUUAAGGAAUAA